UGGUCACACUAAUUCCGACACGUGCUGAAUUGUUAUUUUUUUUGCGACUCUUUGUUUUUCAUGUAAGAAAUAGCACAAAAAAUGACCGAAACGAGCGGAAAGAUUAAGUUCCUGGUGGCGGACACCACCGCCUUCAUAAACGCCGUGCCCCUAAACGAAUAUGCAGAGCAGGUGCUCACCGUGCCGGAUGUGGUGGCCGAGGUGCGCAACAAACGCCAGAUCCGUCGCCUGUGCGUCCUGCCCUUCGACCUCCAGGUGAGGGAGCCUCGUCCCGAGAGCAUCAAACAUUGCGUGGAGUUUGCCAAGAAAACAGGAGACUACGCGAGUCUCUCGGGGAUUGAUUUAAAGGUCAUAUCGCUCACCUACGAACUGGAAGCGGACACCGUGGGCACCGACCAUCUGCGCACGGAGCCCGUGAUGGCGCAAACCAUUGCCUCCAAGGAUAAACCCGAGGAAAUGCAGGAUGCCAAUAACAAAAGGCUUGUUGGUUGGUACAUGCCCGAAGGAGAGGAAGAGGAGGACUCCGAGGACGAAGAGGAUGAUGACUCCCAGGAGGAGGAGCAGCAGGACCAGGAGGAACCCGAAGACAACGAAGCUGAGGGCGUUGACAAUGUAAAAGCAGCCAUUGAAGCUCAAUUGGCCGGCAAGGAACCUCUUCCCAGCCAGCAAAUCCAGCCAGAGGAGGACGAGCCCAGUCAGGAGGAGUUGGACAAGCUGUUCGAGCAGCUAAAGUGUGCACCCAGCGCACAGGAGGAGCAAGAGCUCUCCGAGCUUCUGGUUUCUCAUCCAGCGGAAGUGGAAACCGAAGAAACCGAACCACAAGAAACGAUUCCCAGCCAAAAUCUCGAAGAAGAAGUGGGCGACGAUGGCUGGAUCACCCAUUCGAACAUCAAGAAGGCGAAGAAAGCGCUCGAGGGCAAGGUGGAGACCGAUGAGGUGCCGCCCGUCGCCUGCAUGACCACCGAUUACGCGCUGCAGAAUGUGCUGAAGCAACUCAAUCUCCACCUGGCCGCGUUGAACGGCAGGAUCAUCAAGCAGCUGCGCACGUACAUCCUGCGCUGCUACGCCUGCUACAAGACCACCAGCAUCAUGACCAAGGUCUUCUGUCCCAACUGCGGCAACAAAACCCUGAAAAGAGUGGCUGUCAGUCUGGACGAGAACGGCCGUCAGGUGAUCCACAUCAACACCCGCCGUCCGCUGACCACCAAGUACAAGAAUCAGAGUCUGCCGCGCUUCAAGGGCGGCAAGCACUCGAGGAAUCCCAUCCUGUUCGAGGACCAACCGAUGCCCCGCCAGAUGCCAUCGCGAGUGGCCAAAACGAAGACGAACGCCUUGGAUCAGGACUACACUGCUGGUUUCUCACCGUUCGUGCUGCGCGACGUGGACUCCAAGUCCGCCAUGCUGCGCUCGAAGGGAAACCUCAAGGAGUGGGCCAGAAACAACAACUUCGAGGAGGACCGCCGUCGCAAGAACUACAAUCGCUUGUACAAAUAGAUAUCAGGGGUAUAAUGAGCUAACAAGGUGGUAUUUCUGAUUGCAAAUAACACUUGAUUGGCUUCCUAAUCGUAGACUUUAUAUAAUAUGUAAUAUAUAAAAUAAAACACAAGGGGAAACCCGAACUUUUCGAUAUGAAAACCAUAAAUAAUUUGUGCAACUUGAUGAAAACCCAACCAGAGAAGCUUUUCACAUAUUUAUAAACAUUUGUUAUGGAAAUAAAUAUUUUUUUUUACAAAAGACAA